GUUUCAUAGAAGCGUCAGCUGGCACCAGCUGCAAAUAUGUUGCGCGCCUCCUAGAAGACGCCAGCACGAUGCUGCGCUGGCGAGGCUCCACUGCUCCGACUGCGGCCGAAACGUUGCCGCAGAAGGAUGAGAGGCAGGCGCGUGUUCCCCCAAAACGGAAGCAGCGCAGCGCGCUAUCUGUGCUUCUAUUACUUCUGGCGUCGAUAGCCAUUGGGAUCCUGGUGAUCGCGCCGGCCGUGUUCUACGUGUCACCCUGGAUCCGACACAAGACUGUCUUCCUGACAUUCGUCAACCUUCCACCUUUCCCUCGCCUGAACGACCCCAGAUCGUACGACCUCAGGUGCGCACACAAUUUCUACCUGGACUCUGAGGAGGCAGGUCUGCAGCUCGGAGCAUGGCACAUUCCUCCGGCUUCCUCUGUGGAUCGGCUAGGCUGUGAUAAGCUAGACCAGGACUGGUUUGCGCACGACAAGAGACCUAUAGUGCUGUACUUGCACGGAAAUGGUGGCUCUCGAGCUGGCGGUCACCGUGUCAGUCUCUACAAGGUGCUGACUGGACAUAUGGAUGCACACGUGCUGGCAGUCGACUACAGGGGCUACGCUGACUCUGGCUCUGGUCCAGGCGGACCCUCUGCAGAAGCACUUCCACAGGACGCCCGCACUGCGCUGCGCUGGCUCCAGGCACGCACAGCGGGCCGGCCAUUAAUAGUGUGGAGCCACUCACUGGGAACCGGCGUGGCCGUACGCCUCAUGGAAGAGUUGCACCGCCGCGGAGAACCGCUACCGACGGGUCUCAUCCUCGAAGCCCCGUUCGACGCCCUGCACCAUGUAGCAGCCACGCAUCCGCUGUCGCUUCCCUACCGUUGGCUGCCCUACUUUGAGUGUGCCUUCGUCGACAGCCUGAAGAACGACCCCGUCGUCCAGUUUGACAGCGCCGCUCGUGCCCGCCGCGUUCCGUCCAAGCUGCCUGUGCUAGUGCUGCACGCGCGCGACGACGCGACGGUCCCGUUUCGGUUGGGUGAGGCAUUGCACAAUGCACUGCACGAAGCUCGCCGAAACCAGCCCGGCGCAGGACCUCUGCGGCUGCACGCCUACGACGGCCGGUUGGGUUACGGCCACAAGCACAUGCACCGCGACCCGGAACUGAUUUCCACGGUGACAGAGUUCUUCGCCCUCAACGUCACUGAUGCGCGACGUCAGUGAGUCGGUGGGGACCCACCUGCGGUAGUGUUCGACAUUUUGUCGACCACCAAGAGCAUGUUGGAGACAGCGCUUGCAAUCCGGGACCAAGUGUGCUUUCAAUAACUCGAUUCUACGAUGUGUAGUGGGGGCAGACAUGUCCAGUAUUCCUGGCGUCUUGGUUCCACGAACUCGCGCGAUUGCCACGACUGCACCAGCGGGCGUUGAAAAUUUGCUGGGCAGGACGUGCCUUGAUGCAUGCAAAGGAAGAUUUAGCAGCGUAGACAUUCGUUUAUGCUUAUGUGGUUGCAUGUCGUGUUGAAUUGGUAAUUCGAAACAAACGCAAAGCUUGUCAUUGUCUGUUCUUUCUUCAAUCUUUACUAGCUAUGCACUACCAGUUUAACAAAAGUUGAAACAUUGUUGCGGUUUACUACAGCCAGUUUGUACCAACUUUGGAAUGAUGUAUUGUGAAGCAGAGUGUUUUUUUGUGUGUUUUUAUUCUACGACGGGUGUGAAGCUUUCUGCGAAUGGCACCCGACCCCUAAAAGAGAGAGAGAGAUUGGUCUACCUUUAGGCCAACCGUUUGCAGCUUGCUUGUAGGCAUGUUGGAGCCGAAGCUGAUGUCGUGCGUGGGCUCCCGAGUGACGUGCGUUUUACAUGUCAUGUUAGAAGUCAAGUUUUUGGCGGAACUUAUAAGGCUUGUCAAUCUUGAUGUGCAAAUUCAAAGGCUCGAAGUUAAUGCGGCAGUGUUGUGGCUCCGAGUUUGACCUUCCUACGGUCGGCUGUUUCCCACUUCUUGCAUUAGGUUGUAUUGUCGUGUCAGUGCCUUCGUGACCCCAUUCACUUUUUGCUCUUUCCUUGCAAUCUGCGUGUCUUGCAUGAUACAGCUGUAGUUGAAUGGGUUUAACAUGGCAGCGGAGAAAUGCAUCUUCCUAACUUUUUCUAAAGUUCGUGUGAGCAACGUUUGUUGGAAGUCCUGUGCAGCUCUAUUUGUGUGAGGAGUACAGGUUACUCGGAACACUAGUCUUCUUCGAGGUUGUUUUGGCGUUUCGCAACACUACCGCUGGUGGUAGCGUUUCGACAGAAUCUAUACUGGCUCAUGGAAAUAUGUUUGAACGUGCCCAUAUUGGGGGCAGCAAUCUCAUGCAUGUGUUAAGCAAAUGUAUGUAUACUUUGAGCAAGUAGAUGAUGUGCUGCACCCAAGUGCAUUGUAUGUUGAGCUCACCGCAGUGACUUUUUGGCACAUUCGUUGCGACUAUGUUGCACGGCAUUAGGUUACUUUUGUGUGAGCAUUCGCUGGUUUCUCUGGGAUCGACGCAGCGCGUGUGUGAUGUGAUCCUUUUCUAAAGGGAGCACGUAGUGUGCAUUCCUUGGUUGAUGACCUCUAAGAUGUGACAUAAAAGCCCACAGGCCUGCUCCUCAUCUGUCCAGCGAUUAGAUAGGCCCCUCUUUUCAUAUAUACGAGUGGAGAGGUUCUAGGUGUAUAUAUUAACUGUAAGGUGUUCUCUUUGGCAUUGGAUCAUACUGUACUUUGUCAUCUGAAAGGGAACAAAAUUUAGGUCAGUAUCUUUUCUCUUCUUUUUGUCACCCAUAGGUGGCAUCCAUGUCGAUGUCUCAAAUGACAGCAUUCUAGAUCCUUAUUUUGAGGUACAGAUCUUGGAGGCUGUUGUUCUGCGAGCAGUAUGUAGCAGACGCAAUCAUUGCAGCCAGAUUGUGAUGUUUCUAUGGGAACACGUACAUGAUUAUUGUAUUUUGUGAUGAUGGGAUUCGACGCAAUCUUGUCUCAACUGUAAUGAAGUUCCUGGGAGAUAAGGAGACCAGCAUUUAUUCCUCUUCAACUAGUACGUAACAAAAUGCGUAGCUUACGCAAUUUGCGGAAGCCCAAUGAUACGUGAUGGAAGUGCUAACUGCAUGGGUGGAGUGUCGACAACUCGGUGAUAUAUUGAAAACUAGGAUGGUGGUAGCUAUAGGCGUCAAUCAAAUUAUUUGAGGAGUGCCUUAUAGGAGGGUGUGCCAAGCAUAGUGAUCAUUUACUCCUUCAGUGAAAUGAAUGUUUUAUACACUUGCUAUAUGUAAUAAUGAAAAAAAAAAAGAUAUUUUUGCAGUGUGUUGGUAUAGUAGUUAAUAAAAGCAGUACUUGAUUGUGUA